GCUUUGAUUCCUCAAAACUGCUUUCCAAAACUUCCCUUGUUUGUAGAAACUUCUAAGAAUCAAGCGUAUCUCAAAGAUCACGAUAUCCUCAAAGGAGGGUUCCUUUCCUUGGAACAUUUUUACACCCCCUGAGAAUUAAACCAGAUUAUUUUUCCAAUGAACAGACUCUGCAACUACAGUGGGUUUAACACGUGUCAUCCAUGAAGAGCUUCGGGUACUCCCAAACCUUGAACCUGACGACUAUUUAAGUCGCCAAGCCCUACUGGGAAGCAUCUGUAAAGUGAUUUCCAUAUUGUAGUUUUCUGCUCUAAGCAAUGGCUUCUUUGGGAACUUUGGUCCGACUUUUGGCCAUAGGUUUGGUGUUGUUUAGCUUCUGUGAAGCCAAGGAACGUCUUAUUGGGGGGAGUGAAGAUGCAUGGAAGAUCCCAGUUAACUCAUCGGAUUCUCUGAAUCAGUGGGCUGGGAAAACCCGUUUCAAAGUUGGCGAUUUUCUCAUUUGGAAGUACGACGGCAAGGUUGAUUCAGUGCUUCAAGUGACCAAGGAGGACUAUGAAAGCUGUAACACAUCCAAGCCGAUCAAGGAAUACAAAGACGGUCACACCAAGGUGGAGCUGGACAAAUCAGGUCCGUUCUACUUCAUCAGUGGAGCCGAUGGUCACUGUCAGAAAGGACAGAAGCUUGUAAUCGUUGUCAUGUCUGAAAAACAUUGGGACCAUCCUGAUUCCCCUACUCCAACUGCACCUGCUCCGGCACCCGCUAAAAACAGCGCCAGCCUCAUCAAGCCACUCAGGGAUGGCUUCCUGUUCUUGGGUCUGGCCUCUUUUGAGGUUGCUUUUGCUUUCUUUUGAGAGAGAGAGAGAGACAUAUGAUCUGUCUAGUAGGAUUUGCAGGCUGAGAAUUCAUGUUUGAUUUGGUUUGUGAUUCGAAGUAACAAAAAGCAUGGUUAAUUUAUGUCUCUUUAUCUC